AUGGGGAUGAAGAAUUGCAUGAAUGAGGUGUGCCGAGCAACGACGUCGUCGGAUUGGAAGAAAGGUUGGACCUUGAAAUCAGGUGGAUUAGCUUCACUGUGUUACAAUUGCGGAUCUGCCUAUGAGAAUUCUAUUUUCUGCGAAACAUUCCACGCGGAGGACUCUGGUUGGCGGCCAUGCAGAGUAUGCGGGAAGGUGGUUCACUGUGGGUGCAUUGCUUCAAGACACCUGCAUGAGUACAUGGAUUUCGGUGGCGUUGCUUGCAUAAGCUGUGUAAAGCGUUUGGAAAUCCAUGCCAUGCAAACAAUACAGAUCCCUGGCGAUGUGCGUAAUGGCACAUUUGCCCCCAAAAGCAUUUUCAGUGACCCGCAGCCGAUGGUGAUAGGGAACAGAAUAGACGACGACAAAUUCAGCACAGAGAGACUUCUGCAGUUGACUAAGUCCAUAGGGGUCAAUGACAUCACCUCAGCAUUCGAGCAGCUUAAACGGGACGAACCACCCAUGCUAAAAACCCCUGAAAUAGGGACAAAUUUGGCAAGUCCCUCUCUACAGCCCUCGUCGUCUGUUUUCAUCAAACCAGAGAAUAUAGGACCAAGACAAGGCAGUAAGGACAUGACUGAAUCUCUAACUCAGCCAUGUCUGAAUUUCUCCUUGUCCGCAAUCCCUCCUAUAGCUGGAUCUAGCAGUUUAGCACCUUUUCCUGGUGGAAUGAUUGAUGGGAGUGAUCAGAACAAGGGUUCUUUACAAAGGAUACGCCAUAUUCCUCCAAAGCCUCCAAAGCCUAGCCCGACUGCAGGGCCCGAGGCGAGUAAAGGGAGCAGUUCGCAGGCGCGGGUCCCAAGGCCACCGGCUGAAGGGCGAGGCCGUAGCCAGCUGCUUCCUCGUUAUUGGCCGAGGAUCACUGACCAAGAGCUGCAGCAAUUAUCUGGAGAUUUGAACUCCACUAUAGUGCCUUUGUUUGAGAAGAUUCUGAGUGCUAGUGAUGCGGGCCGAAUCGGUCGUCUGGUCCUUCCAAAAGCAUGUGCUGAAGCAUACUUUCCUACCAUAAAUCAAUCAGAAGGCAUACCAAUAAAGAUUCAGGACAUAAAGGGGAAAGAAUGGACAUUUCAGUUCAGGUUUUGGCCAAAUAACAACAGCAGAAUGUAUGUUUUGGAGGGUGUAACCCCUUGCAUCCAGAGUAUGCAAGUACAAGCUGGUGAUACAGUGAUAUUUAGUAGGAGAGAUCCUGGAGGACAACUUGUCAUUGGCUGUCGCAAGGCAGUAGUCAAUUUUGAUGUCCAGCAGGAGCCUCAAACACCAGCCACUCCAAUUGCUGAUCCUCCAGGGGACACGUCAUCAUCGGGCGGCAAUGAUAAUAAACCAGCAAAUGGAGGCAGAGUAUCUGAUGAUUCCCGGCAGCAGCAUAUGAGCAUGUUGGAGAAGAGGAACGCAAGAAACAUCAAGAACAAGAGGCUUCACAUGCACAAUGAUGAUGCUGUCGAGCUUAGGAUUACUUGGGAAGAAGCUCAAGAGUUGUUGCGUCCACCUGCAUCUACUGAGCCGACUGUUGUCAUGGUUGAGCACUGUGAGAUUGAAGAAUUUGAAGAACCUCCAGUUUUUGGGAAGAGGACAAUUUUCAUAUCUCAACCUAACGGGGAGCAGGCACAACUUGCUCAAUGUGAUAGUUGCUCAAAAUGGCGCAGGCUGCCAGUUCAUGCUCUUAUUUCUGCAAAUUGGGCAUGUGCAGAAAAUGUCUGGGAUAUUACCAGGUCUUCGUGUUCUGCUCCAGAAGAGAUAAGCCUGAGAAAUCAAGAUUUCUCUAGAACUAACAAGGAUCACAAGAAGCAAAAGAAUUCCAACAGCAAAGCUGCACGGGAAGGCGAGCCUUCCGGCCUGGAUGCACUUGCUAAUGCUGCUGUUCUCGGGGACAACAUAGCCGGGGCAGGAGAUUACUCGACGGGCCCCACCACAAGGCAUCCCCGCCACAGGCCUGGCUGCACGUGCAUCGUCUGCAUUCAGCCCCCGAGCGGCAAGGGCCGGCACGAGCCCAGCUGCAAGUGCAACGUGUGCCUAACCGUUAAACGCCAAGAAGAAGAAAAGCCUGCUGCUAAGCAAGAUUUGGAGAGGGAGGAUAUUGUGGGCCACACGCUUCGGAACAUGAACCAACUGCUAAAGGAGAUUGGCAAUAGUAAUAAUAAUGAUGGGAUGAAGCAAGUGGAUAAUGUGGAGGAUGUGGGAAAGGCCGGGCUGGACUUGAACUGUGAUCCACAUCGUGAAGAUGAGAUUCUGGCAGGGACGUCAGGGAUGAGCUUGACGAGUUUGAUCAAUACAGCUGGUUUUCCAUUGGAUAUGUAUUUGGGUCAGAACGGGCUCCCAGGCCUGGGUCCGGGCCCAGGCCCUGUUCCAAGCCCUUUGGUCCCUCGAGCGUUGGGUGGUGUUGAUGACAAUGGUGGACAUGGAAGUGGAUCAGGGUCUGGAGAUGGGAAACAGGAAACAGGAGAAUAG